AUGGAGGUGGUUAUGGUGGCGGCUACGGAGGAGGCCGUGGAGGCUAUGGUGGUGGUUAUGGCGGCGGUCGUGAAGGCGGCUAUGGUGGCGGAUAUGGAUAUUGAGCAAGCUGCACACCGGAAGGUCAAAAUAAUGUACAAUGGUUGGCGUUUCACUGUGUAUCACCGUGGUUAUGGUGGCGGCCGUGGAGGAGGCUAUGGAGGCGGUUAUGGUGGCGGCCGUGGAGGAGGCUAUGGAGGCGGUUAUGGUGGCGGCCGUGGAGGAGGCUAUGGAGGCGGUUAUGGUGGCGGCCGUGGAGGAGGCUAUGGAGGCGGUUAUGGUGGCGGCCGUGGAGGAGGCUAUGGAGGCGGUUAUGGUGGCGGCCGUGGAGGAGGCUAUGGAGGCGGUUAUGGUGGCGGCCGUGGAGGAGGCUAUGGAGGCGGUUAUGGUGGCGGCCGUGGAGGAGGCUAUGGAGGCGGUUAUGGUGGCGGCCGUGGAGGAGGCUAUGGAGGCGGUUAUGGUGGCGGCCGUGGAGGAGGCUAUGGAGGCGGUUAUGGUGGCGGCCGUGGAGGAGGCUAUGGAGGCGGUUAUGGUGGCGGCCGUGGAGGAGGCUAUGGAGGCGGUUAUGGUGGCGGCCGUGGAGGAGGCUAUGGAGGCGGUUAUGGUGGCGGCCGUGGAGGAGGCUAUGGAGGCGGU